AUGCCUCCUCUUUGCUUCCGAUCCCCUUCUCCCCCUCCUCCCUCCUCCUCCUUCCCUCUCCCCUCACCUCCCCCUUCUUCUCCCUCCUCUCCUCCUUCCUCACCCUCCUUCAGCUAUCUACCCCUCCUUUUGUCCCUUCUCCCCCUUUUCCUCCUUCGCAUCCCUCUUCCCCCUUCUCGUACCUCCUCCUCAUCCCCCUGCUUCCCCCCCUCCCCUGCCCUCUGUCCCCUCCUCGCUCAACACAACAAUGGGCCUUCAGCCUGGUCCAAGGCACAGCCAGCAAUCUCCCAGCAUCAGAUCGACGGCCGGGAAGCAGCUCUAACCGGUGGCCAUUCGGACUAUACGUCAGGCUCCAAUGAAGGAGCGUCAGCUUCCGCUCAUGGAAUGGUCCUCCCCUUUCACCCGCUCAUCCUCUCCUUCCACAACGUCAACUACUUCGUUGACAUGCCCUCCAAGCUCAAAUACAAGUCCACGCCGCCCGGCCAGCGCCUGCAGCUGCUGCACAACGUGUCUGGCGUGUUUCGUCCCGGAGUGCUGACCGCCCUGAUGGGGGUGUCCGGGGCAGGGAAGACCACGCUGAUGGAUGUGCUGGAAGGGAGGAAGACCGGGGGGUACAUUGAAGGGGAUAUCCGCGUGUCUGGUAACCCGAAAGUGCAGGAGACGUUUCUGAGGGUGUCGGGGUAUUGUGAGCAGGAGGAUAUUCACACGCCCCAGGUGACCGUUUACGAGUCUCUGCUCUACUCUGCCUGGCUGCGCCUACCCCAGGAGAUCGCCCGCCACGUGGUCAUGGAGUUCGUGGAGGAAGUGAUGGGGCUGGUGGAGCUGGAAGCGGUGAGGGGGGCGCUCAUGGGGACAGCGGGGCGGGACGGGCUGCCAGUGGAGCAGAGGAAGCGCCUCACCAUGGCAGUCGAGCUUGUGGCCAACCCGUCAAUCAUCUUCCUGGAUGAACCCACCUCAGGCCUGGAUGCGAGGGCAGCGGCGAUAGUGAUGAGGGCGGUGCGCAACACAGUGAACACGGGGCGCGCAGUCGUGUGCACCAUCCACCAGCCGUCCAUCCACAUCUUUGAGGCCUUUGACGAGGUGGGAAUCACGAUGUUACUGCUGAUGCAGCGAGGAGGGGAGGUCGUCUACACAGGAGUGCCGCCCAUCCAGCCGGGGGCCAACCCUGCAGCGUGGAUGCUCGAGGUCACGACGCCAGCAGCAGCAGGGAUGCUUGGGGUUGACUUCUCUCAACUGUUCCGACAAUCAGAACAGUUCAGGACCAUGAACUCACUGAACCAGCAAUCCAGUGUGCCUCUUAAUGGGGAAGCAGACCUCUUCUUCCCAACGCAGCACCCCACAAUGCAGCUCUCCCAGUUCGCGACGCACCUGUGGAAGCGCCACCUCAUGUACUGGCGGAUGCCCGACUACAACGGCGCAUGCCUCUUCUUCUCCUUCGUCAUGAGCCUCUUCAUUGGGGCCGUCUUCUUUGGCUUUGGAAAAGCACGGGAGAUACCGCCGGAUAUUGUGAAUGUCAUGGGGGCUCUCUACACCGCAGCGCUCUUCCUCGGUUCCAUCCCGUAUGCGCUUGCACAAGGGAUGAUUGAGCUACCUUACCUCGUGUUACAAGAAGUGGUGUACUCGCUAUUGACAUACUCCAUGAUUCAGUUUGAGUGGACGCUCAGCAAAUUCAUGCUGUACCUGCGGUUCCAGUUCCUCACUCUGCUCUACUUCACGUGUUUCGGCAUAAUGGCGAGUGCCAUAAGUGCAGCAGAAGGGCUUGCGGUGCUGUUGUCUGCCUUCAUUUACUCCCUCUGGAACCUUCUCUGCGGCUUCCUCCUGCCACAGCCGGUCAGUGCAGUGCUCAUUGGUCUUUGUUCUUGA